GUGAAUGGUGAGCUCUAUGUGGUGAGCAAAAAUGCUCCCUUUUUUUUUUACGCCAAAAGCAUUUUUGCCUGAUAUUUAGGACAAAGCCAAUUCUCAGAAAAUCCGCUUCUCAGAAAAACCAGAGAGAGCUCGAUCAUAAUCUGAGAUAACAUGGAAGAUCCACAAGUGGAGCACAAUCUUUGGGUCUUAUGGAGAGGAAAAAGGUUUGAUGUGAAGAUCCAUUUGGGUGCCACUCUUAAGGAUCUCGGGCACGAACUGCAAAAGUUAACGGAUGUUAAAGCAGAUACGAUGAGGCUAAUUGUUCCAAAGUUUUCCGAUAAAAGCUCGAAAAUGUUGUCUCCUUUCUCUGAUGAGCAUCAGAACUUGAGUUUACAGGAAGCUUCAUUUGUUGAGGGAAAGUCCAUCAGAAUGAUGGGAGUGUCUGAAAACGAGGUUGAUGAAGUUUUACAAAAUGCAAAGGCAAACUUGGAGGUUGGAAGUUCACACAAACUUCAGAAGAACCCUGAUAUGGAGCCUGAUCCUGAUGCCCAGUCUGACAAUCAGAACAAGUUUGAGCCCAGUCCUCAUGAUUCUCAGGGCACUGAUGAAUCAUCAUCUCAAUUUACGGGAAGCUGGACCUUAUUUGGAAAAGAAUUCAGUGAGUCUAUGAUCUGUCAACCUGAGUUAGCAGGGACCGAGUCUCGUGAAGAACCAGAUCCUGAUAAUAUGGAUAAUAUGGAAAGCAGGGGGCAAGCAAGGAAUAACGUGGACGAACCUGAUCCUGAUGCCGAGGAUGCAAAAGCAGAUAAUUUAGGAUAUAGUUCCUAUAGAAAUAUCAUAAGACCUAACGACGACAGUUCUUUGGUUACUGAAACCAUCAAACAUGAAGACGAUCCAAGGAAGGCUUAUAAUGAACCUGAUCCUGAUGAUUCCCAGUCAAAUGGAGUCACUCAGGCAGAGCCUGAUCCUGAUGCUAAUUUGGUGCAUCCACAGGAAACAUCCAGAAUGCAGAUUGAUGAACCUGAUCCAGAUGAUCAAGAAUUUCAAAGAAUUCAAGACCCUGUUACAAUCUUUUGUAAACGCUUGCAGGAGAACAUUAAGAUGCUGGAAGCUGAGGUUAAUCGUGCACAGCCUACCACUGUCCUCCAAACUCUCUUAAAGAUAAUAAGGAAUGUGCUUGAACACCCAGGUGAGACGAAAUACAGGAAACUUUGCAAGGCGAACUCCACAAUCCUAGGGAAUGUGGCAAACUACAAAGCUGCCAUGGAAUUCCUUCUUCUGAUUGGCUUCAACGAAAGCGUCAUGGAUGGAAAACAAGAGACUUAUCUUGUGCUGAAGCGGGAUGAUCCGGGAUUAUUAUGGCUUGCCAAGUCCGCCCUUGAGGCAAGCGUUUCCUGAAGACACAUUUCCAAGCAAAAAGUCUGCUCUCUCUCUGUGAUCUCUAUGGUGUUGUGUUCCAUGUAAAUAUGUAAUGCAUGCUUGGCUGUAGAACAAUUGUUGUGUAUAUGACUACUGGGCAUAAAAUCAUGUCAGGUGAACAUUGAAAUAAAAAUAAAAAUGGCUGUUUUAGAUUU